AUUAACUGGUACUCUCUUACUCUCGUCACAGCUCUGAAGAGGCUGAGGGACUCGGCCAAUGCCAACGAUGUGGAAACAGUGCAGCAGCUGCUGGAAGAUGGUGCAGAUCCCUGUGCAGCGGAUGACAAGGGCCGCACGGCUCUCCACUUCGCCUCCUGCAAUGGCAAUGACCAGAUCGUGCAGCUGCUCCUGGACCAUGGGGCCGAUCCCAACCAGCGGGAUGGGCUGGGGAACACGCCACUGCACCUGGCGGCCUGCACCAACCACGUCCCUGUCAUCACCACGCUGCUACGAGGAGGGGCCCGGGUAGAUGCCCUGGACCGAGCUGGCCGCACGCCCCUGCACCUGGCCAAGUCGAAGCUGAGCAUCCUGCAGGAAGGCCACUCCCAGUGCCUGGAAGCCGUGCGGCUGGAGGUGAAGCAGAUCAUCCAGAUGCUGAGGGAGUACCUGGAGCGCCUGGGGCGGCACGAGCAGCGGGAACGGCUGGACGACCUGUGUACCCGCCUCCAGAUGACGAGCACCAGAGAGCAGGUGGAUGAGGUGACCGACCUCCUGGCCAGCUUCACCUCCCUCAGCCUGCAGAUGCAGAGCAUGGAGAAGAGGUAGCAAGAGGGGCUCCCUGCCUUCCGCCCUGCCCCUGCCCACCCUGCCCACCUGCUCUCGUCACAAAGAAAAGCCUGACGCCUGGGACUUGGGAGCUGCACUUGUCUGCAAGGCCACCGUCCUCACCCCAGAUGCUAUGGGCCAGAGAUGCUCUCACCAACCCAGAGCCUCUCCCAGCGAUGGUCUCCGUCAUCUCCGAGCCAGGACCACAGCCCCAGCUUCUUCCUCUGACCCCCGCGGCACUGCAGCCACAGCUCAGCUCUGGCCGACCGUCGCGGGCCUAGCAGGGCUCACCCACCCCGUGGUCUUCCUGGCACCCUCGGCAGGCCCCAGACCCGCCCCUGUCUCUUCCCGGUCAUGGGCUUGCUGCAGCCAGCAGGGUGUGGCUUCAGGCAGGUGCCCUCGGGCCUACGGAGCUUCUUGGAUGGCCCUGCACCUCUCACCAGCGUUAGAUUUACACUUGGCACCUGACUUCCAAGGACACAUUGCGUGAGCUUCUCUGAGUGGAAGGAGAGGGUUGGAAAGCCUAGACCCUAGAAAUACAAGGUUAGGAAGGGCCCUGCUAAACCCAGAGCAGAGAAGCCCAGCCCUUUUUCUCCCGGUCAUGAAGCGCCAGGAGGGCCUGGCAGCCUAGCUGUAGGGGGCUGAAUAGCGGCCCCCAAGGUGUCCGUGUUCUCAUCCCAGGAACCUGUGCCUCUUACGGCAAAAAGACUUGACAGAUGUCAUACGUUAGGGCCCUCAGACAAGGCGGUUACCCUGAUGGUCCAGGUGGGCCUGCUGUGAUCCCAGGGAUCGUAUGAGAGGAAGCAGGUCAGAGAGCAAGUAGGGGGUACGGUGACGGAGCAAGGAGCUGUCCAUGCCAGGAAGGGGUCACAAGCCAAGGGAUGCAGGCGGCCUCCAGAGCUAGAAAAGGCAGGGAAAUGGAUUCCCCUCGGAAGGAACCAGCCCUGCCGACACCUUGACUCACCCAGUCAGACUAUUUUAGAAUUCUGACCACCGAACUGUAAGAAUAAAUGUGUGUUGUUUUAAGCUACUA